CAUUGCUUGACAUCUCUCGAUGUCAGAAAAUUAAAGGUUCGGGCCAGCACAAAAAGAUUUGAUUUAAAUCUUUUGUAAUUUGAAAAUAAAAAGAAAAAAUUAAAAAUGAAAUUCGCCGCCGCUAUCGUGUUUGCCCUCGUGGCUUUUGCCGCUGCCGAAGAUAGUGAUAAUACCCUGGAAACAGCCAUCAACUUCAUCAAGGACUGCAAGGGAGAUUACAUUUUAUGUGUCAAGGAGAAAAUGCUAAGGAUUGUCGACAACUUAAGGGCAUCCAGGAGCAUCAAUAUUGCUGAAGGCAUAGUCUUGAAAGGCGAUCCUGAUAAGAGGGCAAAGAAACUAGAUGCUCUUCCCGUGGAUCCUUCUGCCAGAGAUGUCGAGGUCAACUACAGACUCAUGGAUGGAGUAGUGAGUCUAUUCGAGACCCAUGCUGUGGAAGUCAAAAUGAACCAGUCUGAUAAGGAGACCCUGCAGAGGUCUCUCGAUGAAGGCCGUGGCAAGGGAGGCGGCGGCGGCAAGAAGGGCAGCGGCAUGGGUGGUAUUAUCGGUCUCCUCGGCGCCAAGAUCCUGCUCGGCAAGCUCUUCAUAGUCAAGCUCAUCGCCCUCAAAGCCUUGGCCACCGCUAAAAUCGCCCUGGUCCUAGCUGUCAUCUUAUUCGUCGCUUGGUGCCUGAAGGGAGACCAUACCAAGACAACAUACGAGGUCGUUCCUCACGCCCACCAUCACGAGAGCCAUCAUCCAGUCCACGUGGAGCAUGUCUCCCACGACUCGGGCCAUGGCCACGGCGGUGGCUACUCCAGCUACGGAUCCGACUGGAACAAGAACCUCGAUGAGGCGCAAAACCUCGCGUACAGCGCCUACUCUCACAAUAAGUAGAUAGAAAAUCACCAAAAUCGGGCAUUCUUAAGUCCGCAAUAAUGUUUAAACCUCUUUUGUACAAAGACUUUAUUAUUUAUUGAUACUAUUUAUUUCUAAUUUAUU